CAAGAAGCUACGCUGUGUGUUUGUAUCACUGCCUGCCGAUGCAUCGAUGACAGUCGGAGGAUGGAGGCAGUUUUUGCCAAAUAUGAAAACCAAAUAAACGUGUUUUCUGAGUUCUUGGAGGACUUGCCCGACACCGAAGAGCCAGUGUGGGUCCUCGGGAAGAGUUACAAUGUUAAGACAGAGAGAGCAGAGCUGCUGUCUGACAUCCAGUCACGCCUCUGGUUCAGCUACAGGAAGAAGUUCUGCCCCAUAGGAGGGACCGGGCCCUCAUCAGAUGCAGGCUGGGGAUGCAUGCUGCGCUGCGGUCAGAUGAUCCUGGCUCAGGCCCUACUCUGCUCACACCUGGGGAGAGCGUGGAGAUGGAGGGGGGAGAGGGGACAGCCAGAAGACUACACCCGCAUCCUGCACUGCUUCCUGGACAAGAAGGACUGCUGCUACUCCAUCCAUCAGAUGGCCCAGAUGGGGGUAGGAGAGGGCAAGUCUGUAGGAGAGUGGUAUGGACCCAACACUGUGGCUCAGGUGCUCAAGAAACUGGUGCUGUUUGAUGACUGGAACUCUCUGGCCGUCUAUGUGUCAAUGGACAACACUGUGGUGAUUGAAGACAUCAAGAAGCAGUGUCUACAGCCAGGAAGUGGCAGCAGGCUCCGCCCUUCCUGUGGUUGGGGGGAGGUGUUCCCCCCUGCUGACUCCCCUAGCAACGCCCCUGACCACAUUUGUUUCUACACAGCGGGAAAACAAGGCUCUGUCUGCCCUCACUCGCACACACACCAUCAGACCCAUGCACACACACGCUCUCAACCCCGCACACACUCUCAACAUAAGACCCACACACACAGACAUUCACAACCCCCCACGCACACGCACCACCAGCCCCACACACACACUCACCAUGAGCCCCACACACACAAGCCCUCCCAGCCUCACACACAGCCCCACUCCCAGCCCCACACCCCACACUGGAAGCCCCUGCUGCUGGUGAUCCCCCUGCGUAUGGGCAUCAACAACAUCAACCCUGUCUACAUACAGGCCCUUAAGGAGUGCUUCAAGAUGCCCCAGUCUUGUGGUGUUCUGGGGGGCAAGCCCAACCUGGCCUACUACUUUAUAGGCAGCCUAGGAGAGGAGCUGCUGUACCUUGACCCCCACACGACGCAAACCACAGUGGAGGUGGAGCCAGGCGUUGCCAUGGACGACCACAGCUACCACUGGACCAGGACGCCUCGACACAUGAAGAUCACCAGCCUGGACCCUUCGGUUUCCCUGGGUUUCUUCUGUCAGAGCGAGGAAGACUUUGACAGCUGGUGCUAUCUGGUCCAGCAGGAGAUCUUGAAGAAGACGAGUCAGCGCAUGUUUGAGCUGGUGGAGAACCAUCCUCCUCAUUGGCCACCUUUCGUCCCGCCCACAAAACCUGAGGUCCAUACCACCGGCGCAGAGUUCAUCGAGUCGCCUGACCAGCUGUUAGAGUCUGAGGAGGAGUUUGAGAUCCUGAACGUGUGAGCUGCUCCUUACAGACCAAUAGAGGGCGCCGUGCUACACGGCUGUCCUGCCUCCGCUCUGCUAUACUCUAGUGUGCUCUGCUCUCCUCUAAUGUGGUCUGCUAUCCUCUCCUCUAGUGUGCUCUGCUCUCCUCUAAUGUGCUCUGCUAUCCUCUCCUCUAGUGUGCUCUGCUCUGCUCUCCUCUAAUGUGCUCUGCUAUCCUCUUCUCUAGUGUGCUCUGCUCUACUCUCCUCUAAUGUGCUCUGCUAUCCUCUCCUCUAGUGUGCUCUGCUCUGCUCUACUAAACUCUUCUUUUGUCUGUCUUGCUUCGCUCUGCUCUGUCCUACUCCUCUUUACUGUACUCUGCUUUACUCUCCUCUACUCUGCUACACAGAAGAAGUGCCUCAGAAUCACACCAAGCACAAGUUACUCACCGUUCUGCAAAAACACUCUUUUACACACACACACACACACACAAUCAGGACUCAGCCUGGCCACCAGGAUAAAAAGACUUCAGAACAAACUACCUAUGUCGAGCAGAUCACAUCCUACACAGCGGCAUUCCACACCAGCUUGUCACCACUCUGUCUCACCUUGAUGAUGUCACUGGAAACCCGAGGUGGGGGUCCUGGCCGCUUCCUGGUGAUUGGCGGCUCUGGACGCCACGGAAACCGGCUUGUCCGACGAUCAACAGGGCCGCGUGUAUUGUCACAGUAGCCGCAGCUGUUGUUGUAGAGGCUGGGAGGUCCAGAGGUCGGAGAAGGACUUAUGUUCAUCAGUGUUAAAAACUCAAAACAGGAACACCAAGAGCUUGCUAUCAAUGAGAAAAGUGCCUCUGACUGUGUGUUUCUGUAUAUCUGUUUUGGGAAGGGGACCUCUCCUCCGACUACAUUGUACAUGUCUGAUAAAUAAAGAUGUUUGAACACGA